AGGAAGGGUAGCCUGAAAAAGUGAAAAAUGUCACAGAACUCCUGGAUCAUACUUGCAACUAUCUUGUCUGACUUGUGAUAUGCCUAAGAAGGACUUGUGGGUAGGGACAAGUGACCCAGAUCCCACAACAGUUGUUAGGAGUGCAGAUAGCUGUGACAGUAUGAUCAGCAACGAUUCCAGCCAGUCCGAAAAGAGUGACAGUGGCUAUGACUAUCUAUCUGUGGAAGAGAAAGAAUGUCUUAUGUUCCUUCAAGAAACACUAGAUUUGCUGGAUGCUGAAGCAGACAGUGGGCUUUCUACUGAUGAGGCUGAGAUUGCCGAGCCUUCCAGGCAUCCACAGACGUGGCCUAAGAGAGACAAUCCCAUAGAACUGGACCAUGAAAAUCUUGGAAAACAUCCAAAAAAUGAACAAAAGAGCAAAAAAAGUGUUUCUGGUUCUGUUCCUGUUACCCCAAGCACAGGCUACUACAGCCUUCCAAGGAAUGUUGGUGUGAGAAAGGACCCCCAAACAAACAAGGAUGCCCUCACAGAGACAGCAGGCUCUAAUGCUGAUGAUCCAAAAACUCUUCUUCAGUUUCACCUGAAUCCAUGGAGGUCACAUAAGCUUGGGACUGAGGACAUAUCAGAUGACCAACCCGGCAAGAGUACACUGGUAAAGACUACCGAUUUGGAGACUGUAGUCAUUCCACCCCCUGAGCCAUUUCAGGAUCAGUGGAGAAGCCAUUUUACAACAGGCCAGGAGUCCCCACUUCUUGAUAAAGAUUCCUGCAAGGAUCUUGCAAAGGGGACACCUUAUCAUUUUGAGGCAAAGAGAAAUAUUAACACAGUAGAGGGUUGUGAGGCUAGAGCUGCCCAGCAGCAGCUUUCAUCAGGGAAGGUGGAGCAGGCAUUUGGAAAACAAGCUGUUCUAAGACCGCUGUCUCCUCAGCCUAACAAGAAGAUAACUGAAAGUGCCAAAGACAAUUAUAAAAAACCUACAGUGGAAGAAUUUCCCCUGGAUUCCAGCUUCAAGCAAGGUCCUCCCACUGCACCAAAGCCCAGGAAACUGCCACCAAAUAUUAUCCUCAAAACCAGCAAAAGCAAUGUUGUAUCACUCACUGUGGACUCCAGUCACAAGAUAAAAGUGCUUUCUCCAUCAAAUGGCAGACCCAGAGCAGCAACAGGUGACUUUUCCUCAGAAAAGGUACAUUCUCUCCAGAAAGAGCAGGACAAAGCCAGGCGAGAGGCUCUUGAGAAAUUGGGUCUCCCACAAGAUAAAGAAAAAGAUCCAGAAGAUCACAGGGCCAAAAACUCUGCUCUCUCAAAAUCCAAGGAGACUCCAAGGACUAGCAGCAUGGAGAAUGUAAAUACUGAUAACAUUGCUGUGAAUAAGAAACCUGAACAGCAGCAUAACCAAGCUGGAGAGAAAGGCUUCCGCCCCAUGGAGAUCAAUGUUCCAGGCAUCAAACAGGCCAACUUUAAGUCCAACACUCUGGAGCGAUCAGGAGUGGGCUUGAGCAGCUACACCUCUUCUGGCAGUGAGGAUAAGAGUAUUAAGAACCAUAGCUCGUUUGGCAAAACCUCCUUUUUGGACAAGAUCGCUCCAAGUUUUCUCAGGAAUAACCGGCCACGUACCGCUUCCCUUGGCGUGGGGAGUGACUUCACUGAUCUAAAGGAGAACAGAAUGCAGAAUUAUGAGGUUGAAAAAAGUGAUAAGCGAAGAUCUUACCCACUUCAGAACCCCGCCAAGCUCCCCAGGCCCCCAUGUGUCAGCGUAAAAAUCACACCUAAAGGGGCCACAGAUGAGGACCGAAAGGAGGCUCUGAAAAAACUUGGCCUGUUGAAAGAGUAAGGCAAAUGACUAAUUUGAAUGCAAAAAUGGUGUUUUCAGACAGAUGGCUUUGUUGCUCUCCACAACUGAGUUAAAACUGGACAAUCUGUAGGAAGAG